CGCGAUGAGAUGACGGAGGGGGUGGUCCAUAUACAUUACUCCAUUGUACGCUCGCAUAGUAGCGUGCAGGCAGGAGCUGGGUGCGGUUUUACCCAAGGACGGUUUUGGGAAGGAAGUCCAGUCAGCAAGACACGAGUCUAGGCGGGCCACUGAGUCUCCCCCAAGAGCAAGAUGGAAGGGGACAGCGAGCCCUCCACAGAGGCAGAGGAGGCUGCCGUGUACUUCCAGAUCCCAGGCCCCAUGAUCACCUUCCAGAACAUCAGUUACUGUGUGAGUGUGAAAAAGAACCUGCUGCAGCGUAGCGCUGAGGAGAAGGAGAUCCUCCGGAAUGUCAGUGGGAUAAUGAAGCCGGGCAUGAACGCCAUCCUGGGCCCGACAGGAAGUGGAAAGACCUCGCUCCUGGAUGUCAUCGCCGGCAGGAAGGACCCCCGGGGGCUCCGUUCGGGCCAGGUUCUGGUGGACAAUCAGAUCAUGACCUCUGAACUCCGGCUACGAUCUGCCUACGUGGUGCAGGAUGACAUUCUGAUGGGCACACUAACAAUCAAGGAGAACCUAGAAUUCUCAGCGAAUCUCCGCCUGCCUCCACGGGAAUUCUCCGCGGAGGAGAAGAAGCUGAAAGUAAAUGCUGUAAUCAGAGAACUGAGCCUACAAGACUGCGCUGACACCAAGAUUGGCACAGAGUUCAUCCGUGGGGUGUCAGGAGGGGAGAGGAAGAGGUGUAGCAUUGGCAUGGAGCUCAUCACCUCACCCUCCCUUCUCUUCCUGGACGAGCCUACCACCGGUCUGGAUGCCAACACUGCCUUCUCCAUCAUCCGCCUGCUUCACAGGCUGUCGCGAAACGGGAAGACAAUCAUCUUCUCCAUCCACCAGCCGCGGUACUCCAUUUUCCGCCAGUUUGACCACCUGACUCUCAUGAACAAGGGCGAAAUCAUCUUUGCUGGGCCUGCCGAGAAGGCAGUGGGCUACUUCGAGGGGCUGGGAUACAAGUGUGAACCUUUUAACAACCCUGCCGAUUUCUUCCUGGACAUCACCAAUGGAGAGAUCGCCCCCUGUACAGACAUGGCCACGCCAGGUCUCCAGAGCGCCUCAGGCAUGUUGUCUGGGGACAAGAACCCCCUGGCGCUCUGUUACAAGGAGUCGGAGUUCUGCAGCCAGGUGGAGGAGCAGCUGAAGCAGAUGGGUCAGGUAGCUGACCCAAGUGCCACACCAGUCCACAUAAGGGCCUCUUAUGCCACACCCUUCCAUUACCAGCUGAUGGUGGUUUGUGGACGGACAGUGAAGAACAUCCUGAGAAAUCCACAGACCUCUUAUGCCCAGCUUGCCCUCAACAUAGUUUUUGGGAUUUUGGUGGGACUCAUCUACUACCAGAUCCCAAACACCAUCCCUGAAGCCCUGCAGAACAGAAUCGGGGCUUUCUUCUUCUUGGUCAUCAAUAUGAUCUUUGGCAACCUGUCGGCAGUGGAGCUCUUCAUCAGCGAGCGUGUGCUGUUCAUACAUGAAAAUGCCAGUGGCUACUACCGCACCUCUGUGUAUUUCCUGUCCAAAGUGUUUGCUGACCUCAUCCCUAACCGCAUUGUCCCAGUGUUCCUGUUCUCUGGGGUGUCUUAUUACAUGAUGGGGUUGAAGAAUGCUACAGAUGCCUUCUUUCUGUAUUGCUUGACCAUGAGCCUUGUGAGUCUGGCCGCAGUCAGCUUGGCGUUCCUGGUCAGCGCCAGUGUGGGCUCCUUCGCUGUGGCCAACGUGCUGAUCGCCCUGCCCUACGUCUUCAUGAUGGUGUUUGGGGGCUUCCUUGUCAACCUAAACUCCAUGCUGUCCUGGCUGUCUUGGCUUAAGUGGAUCAGCAUCUUCCGCUACGGAUUGGAUGCGCUGACUAUCAAUGAAAUGAAGGGACAGGUGUUUACCAACAACUACACCAUAGUGACCGGGGAGAUGUACAUGACCCAGCAGAGCAUCGACUACAGUCCCUGGGGCUUCUGGCAGAACGAGGUUGCGCUGCUCGGCAUCAUGAUCGUCUGCAUGCUGAUGGCCUACGUUCAGCUACGCAGAAUCAACAAGUGGAAGAAUUCCAACCCUCAACAGAAGCAGAACGUCAAACACAUGAAAACGGGAUUACAAAGCCAGAUGUGUUUACCCCUCUCAUGGUACGUUCAACACUUGCGCCAGGGCAGGUAACUCUGCAAACCAGACAGAAUGACUGAGGGCACACCUCCACCUGCUUCUUCUGCUAUGCCUCGGUGGUAAGGAGUUUAUUUCAUCUAAAUCAUGCAGUGUGUGUGAAGAGGCCAUUUUAUGCAUUUUGAUAUUGCAAAACUAAAACAAAACAAAUGCAACUGCUAACAGUAAACCCUUAAAGGGAGGAAUGACUAACAUUUUGUUUCAGAUAUAUUGAGUUUACAGGUGAAGAUUUACACCUGGAUGUUUUGCAGUAUCUUACACAUACUCUAAGAUAUUAAUGUUUUGAGUUUUUAUGCUGAUUUCCGCUUCUCUAACGAUUGUACAAAGAGACGUUUUUCUGUCAGAUCAUUUCAGAGCGUCAUCUCGAUCCUUCACCAAGUGUUGUCUAAGUAAGUCCUGGAUUAAAUAUUUUAACAGGCUGAAGGGAUUGGCCUGUUCCAGAUGAUGCAGUUCCACACUGCACAUCGGCAGAAGUGGGAGCUGACUAUUGAGGGAAUAUUGUAAAUCCUCACACUUAUUCUAUCCUGUUCACAGUCAAGACCUGCACACCAGAUUCCAUUCAGGACUGUAACACAACAUACAUGUAAACCGAAGAAGGAACCAUUUCAGGGGUUAUGGUAUAGUAUGUUAUUUUGAAUUAUUCAUUUCUCUGUACAACUAGAAUACACAAAAGGCUUUCAGAGACCAGAGAUGAAGGCUUUAACAAAAGGAGACAUUAGGGUCCACUGUCUGUUUUCUGAACUCACAUAUAAGUGUUUUCUUGCAAGUAAUUAAAACCAUUGAACUGUACUGAAAACAAAUUAAAAAUGACUACAAAGUUAAAUAGUAAUUCAUCUUGUUGUUUAUAUAACUAGGUCACAUAAUAAUAUACCUAAGGAAUAACUGAAACGGGUCUGACUAGGUCUUGCUUUUUUAUAUCUACUGCUUGUCACUGCUGUCAAUCCUAAUGUUCUAUGCGGUUAAAAUGCAAAAUUUUGCGUUGUUAGCAAUAUGUAAUAAAAUGUGAGACAGAUUUCCAGAGUCACAAUACUAUAAUACUGUCACAAUCUCAGCUCAUAGAUACAUAUUUCACCAUUACACUGGAUUCCCAGCCCACAGCAUUAUUAACACAUUAUUCUCAUGGAAGCAGUCUUCAGAACAUAUGAUUUGACAGUGACAUUCAAAUUUUCUGUGACCAGUGUUCCUUGACUGAGAACGAUUAAAAGGAGAGUUUAAACGUAAAUUAAACACUAUUCAUACAUUCCAUUGAUACACAUGAUGAGCGGUUACUGUUCAUCGCUGCAGAUUGUAAAAACACAGAAAAAG